AAAAACAAUGAAAAUGAGUUUUCAAGACUGUCUAUAUGAUUUAGAAACACAAAUAAUAUUGUCCCUGGAUUCUUUUUAAUACAUCACUGUAUAGCUGUUCUAUAAGUAACUUUUCUAUUGGAUGCUAAGAAAAUUUACUCUGUAAAAGAAUAUUGUGGCAAAUCUUUAAGGAAUUUCAUUUGCUUGCCCGUAAGUUGCAGCUCUAGAGAACAAAAAAAAAAUGCUUCUGUUUGUCAAGGUCAGGUAGACAAUCGCUAAGAGAUGCUAAGAGGACAUCCUGUGUAUGAAAAAUCUCUACGGCAAACAGAAAGAAUCCCAAAGGUAUUUUCUUGAAACCCUGGUAUCUUGAAGGAAGUGUUGAUUCUUUUGGAUCCAACUUGUGAAAUACUCCUAUGUUCACUGUGACAUUUUUUUAAUGGAUCAAGGAAACCCUUAGGUGGAUUCCAGAUUCUAUUUUUAAUUAGGUUUGAACCGUGUUCUUAUUUGCUUUAGAUGUUUGCAGUGUGGAUCACUACUCUUUUUCUUCUUGACGCAGCCAGAGGAAGGGAAGUUUGCUAUGAGAGGGUUGGAUGCUUUACAGAUAAUCCCCCUUGGUCUGGGAUCCCAGGGAGACAAUUGGCAGGCGUGCCCAGCUCUCCAGAAGAUGUGAACACCAAGUUCCUUCUUUACACUAGAGACAACAGCAUGAUACAUCAAAAAAUUUCUGCUACAAACCCAUUGACUAUUAAAGCUUCAAACUUUCGCGCGCACAGGAAAACUUGCUUCAUUAUACAUGGGCAUCUUGGUGGAGCAGAUCUGCCCUGGAUCACAAAUAUGUGCAGGCUCAUGUUUCACAUUGAGGACGUGAACUGCAUUUUGACCGACUGGACGGGUGGUUCUAGUGGUUUGUACACUGAUGCCGUUAACAACGUCCGCAUUGUGGGGGCUGAGCUGGUCUAUCUGGUGAACUUUCUUGAGAAAGACUAUGGCUACUCUCCUGCCAACAUUCAUUUCAUCGGCCAUAGUCUCGGCGCACACGCCGCAGGGGAGGCAGGAAGGAGGAAACCCGGCAUUGGAAGAAUAACAGGUUUGGAUCCAGCUGGGCCCCUUUUCCAGUAUACUCCAACAAUGGUUCGGCUGGAUCCUUCAGAUGCAAAAUUCGUGGAUAUAAUUCAUACUCAUGCUGGUCAUUUGUUCUUUGACUUCGCUCCAGGGAUUCUUCAGACUUGUGGCCACCUGGAUUUUUACCCAAAUGGUGGGAAGAAAAUGCCAGGAUGCAUGCAGCUUCGUAUCCCUCCUGCAACUCGGAAUAUCAAUGACCUUAUGAGAGCAUAUAGAACUUUUGGAUGUGGACAUAAAAGAAGUCUCCGAUAUUAUGCUGAGAGUAUUAUCACUCCCGAUGGAUUUGUUGGGUACCGGUGUGAAACAUACCGAGAUUUCAUAUUGGGAGAAUGCUUCCCAUGUCCAAAGGAAGGAUGCCCACUGAUGGGGCAUCAUGCUGAUAAGUUUUUACAUAAAACUGAAAAAGAACAGCAAAAGGUUUAUUUAAACACAGGAGCCUCCUUUCCAUUUGCUCGCUGGCGAAAAGAAAUACGUGUCAGACUAUCUGCAGCGGAAACCAUAAAGGGAAAAAUAGAUAUAGCCUUGACUGGAACUAAUGGGAUUAGGAAACCCUAUACAAUUGACAAGGGCACAUUUAAACCAGGCAACACAUACUUGAACUACAUCGAUACAGAAAUCUCUGGGAACGUUUCAAAAGCUGAGUUUCUCUGGAAUAAGCAUCUAGGCCAUGUGCACCGAGCCUGCAUGGGAGCUGAAGAAGUCACAAUAAUAUCUGGGGAAAAUGGAAACGUGUCUGCGUUCUGCGGCUGCGGAACCGUGCCAGCCGGCACGUGGCAAACCCUGGCGCCUUGCUGAAGCUCCGCGAGGAACGCUGUGGUUGCCCACUCUGGUAACCCUCAUGGCCUGGAAGAGGACACUUCUUCAGUCAGCAGCAAACUUUCACAAGACUCCUUCAAUAGAUUAUGAAAAACUUGGGCCAGUCCACUACGAAAGCUCUGUUUCCAUAUUAGUGUGGCCGGCUUUUAUCCACUCUUCUGUGAAUCCCAGUUACAAUGACAGCUGACAGUAUUGUACCAGGAUCGCACGCGCGUAAAAAUAAUCCCGGUCAAUUCCA